AUGGAAAACGAGAAAAAUAUUCCACAACAGCAAGACAAAGAAUUGCAGCAACAAGCUCCGAACAAUGAAAGGACAAGCCUUACGGCAAACUCCAGCGGCCAAUCACCACAGACUCCAAAUUCUCGUCCGGUGGAGCUGAAACUUGAUUCAAGCGAGGAACGGGAAACAUGGAACGACAAGAUAGAGUUUAUCCUUUCUUGUAUUGGUCAGUGUGUCGGCCUAGGGAACGUUUGGAGAUUUCCUUAUCUCUGUUACAAAAAUGGAGGAGGGGCCUUCCUGAUCCCGUACCUCCUGACCUCUGUGUUUGCCGGAAUACCUAUGUACUUUUUGGAGCUCUCUCUAGGACAAUGGCAGAGUACUGGAGGUCUUGGUGUCUGGAAGAUAUCUCCUAUCUUCAAAGGUGUCGGCUAUGCCGCCGCGGUUAUGGCCGCUUGGCUGAAUAUCUACUAUGUUGUGAUUCUGGCCUGGACACUGUACUAUCUGUUUAACUCCUUUACGAACAUCCUUCCCUGGUCCACUUGUGACAACUGGUGGAACAGUGACUUAUGCAAAUCCGAAUACGAUCGCCAGUGGUCUUCUUACAAUUGUACGAAUGGGACUUUCUGGACGGAAGCCAACACGACGGUUGGCGGGAAUGUUACUGCCAUGGAGAUGUCGUAUCCGGGGUUCAACUGUAGCGCCAUGCCAUUUACAUCUCCAGUUCGGGAGUAUUGGGAACGACAUGUUUUGGAAGUGAGCCCUGGAAUUGACGAACCAGGACGAGUCCGUUGGCAGCUGGCACUGUGUCUACUCCUUGCCUGGGUGCUGUGUUAUUUCUGUAUCUGGAAGGGUAUAACCUGGACAGGAAAGGUUGUUUACUUCACCGCAAUCUUUCCUUACAUCCUGUUGACCAUACUCCUCAUCAGAGGCGUCACACUUCCGGGGGCAUGGGACGGCAUCCGGUAUUACAUAUACCCGGAUGUAUCGAAACUGGCGGAAUCAGGGGUAUGGUUGGACGCCGUGACACAGAUUUUCUUCUCCUAUGGCCUGGGUUUGGGCUCCCUCAUCGCAUUGGGCAGUUAUAACAAGUAUAACAACAACGUCUACAAAGACGCCGUACUCAUCUCCAUCCUCAACAGCUGCACCAGUAUGUUUGCUGGCUUCGUCAUAUUUUCUGUCAUCGGCUUCAUGGCGAAACAACAACAGAUGGCGGUUGCUGAUGUUGCAGUUUCCGGCCCCGGGCUGGCAUUCCUUGUCUAUCCUAACGCUGUUAUCAAGCUUCCUAUCUCGCCUCUCUGGGCCGUACUUUUCUUCCUGAUGGUUCUCAUGCUGGGACUGGACAGCCAGUUCUGUACCAUGGAAGGAUUCUUCACUGCGCUGAUUGACGAGUGGCCUCGUUAUCUACGGAAGAACAGAGAGCUGUUCAUUGCUGUCGUGUGUUUCUUGUCCUAUCUUGUAGGCUUAUCAAUGGUGACAGAGGGUGGAAUAUUUGUCUUUGAGCUAUUCAACCAUUACUCCGCUAGCGGUCUCUGCCUUCUAUGUCUGGUAUUCUUUGAGUGUAUUGCUGUUUCCUGGGGCUAUGGAGUAAAUCGGUACUAUGAAAACCUCCGAAGUAUGUUUGGGUUCUAUCCAAGUAGGUUCUUCAAGUUCUGUUGGACGUUCAUGACACCAGCAAUUUGUCUUGGUGUUUUGCUGUUUCGACUGAUUAAGUUGAAAGCAGUGAAGUAUAUGGACUAUGAAUACCCUACCUGGGCGCAUGCUGUAGGCGCCUUAAUGGCGCUGUCGUCCGUAAUGAUCAUCCCCUUAUACAUGAUGUACAAGACCGCCGUAAUCCCCGGAAAUUCUCUCAGAGUUAAAAUAAAGAAUCUCUUCCGACCGGAUGUACAGCUGCCCACCGGACUGGGAGCGCCACCACCCUACUCGGUUGUCAACACUUAUGGUGAUAAUGUCGCCCGGCUGUAAUGCUGCUGCUGUCGUCCUAGUGUACGUCGCUUAAUUAUAUAGAUGGGAUGCUGUAUAAUGAAGAGAUAAAUACGUUAUAACUAUAGUAGUUGUAUGAGUAAUCGUGUUGUUUUGAUACAGAAUGUUAAUUGGAAGUACAUUAUAUUGGUAUAUAUGCUGUUUCUACCUUCAUUCCUCCAAUGCUAUACAACAGACCUGAUGAAGCCGAAAGAUACCUUUAUUAGUUAAAGCUGACGUAAACAUGCUAUAGGGAUUGUACAACACAUACACACGGUGUUGAACCCUUUCAGAACAAAAGUAAAGUUACAUGCAGUAGGGGGUAAUGACAUCGCACAGCUGUUUCGUAAUUGUAGGACUCGUCAUAGGAGGCGACCCAAACACUCGAUAAAACUGAAAUAUCAAAUUCUUGAUGGGCGGAUGUGAAAGACCUUAAGUUUUUAAACGAUUAAUACUUGUGUAUAUUCUGAAUCAUGUCACUAUUGAAAUGAAUCAAAAACGUAACAAGCAGAUAAGGAAAGUAAGCACAAAAAGUACUAUAUGUCGCGAAGGGAAGGGUAUUUUAACUACAGGGUCCUAGUAAGCUGUGGUGCAUUAAACAUAUGUAGUUUAUUUAGAGUUCAUAGGCAGGAGUUUUAAAUGAUAGUAGAUUCUUUAAAAACUCAUGCAAUAAUUUUACAUUUUCUUUAUUUAUCAUACUGUAUAUAUCAAGUCUGCCACGAAGAGUUAUGAGGUUAAGACACGUAUGAUAAUUUGUAUAUAUGUCUAACAUACACGCACAAUAGGUUAGUGUCCAACUUGAUCUCCAUUGACAAUUAUAUCAUUGGUAGGCUAUACAGUCUAUACAUUCUAUACAUUCUAAGCUCUAGUUUAUAUAAGAAGAAUAAAACAUUGGGUUGCUAUGACAACAGGUAAAACAAGCACACCUACAGUUUGAACGCAUAUACAUAUAUAUUAUAGUUAUAUUAUAAACAGCCAUUAACGUAAUGAACGAUGUUGCUGGGAUAUGUUUUAUUUCCUAAAUCCCUAAUUAGCUAUAUUAGUUUAAAAUUAAUAAUACAACAGACAUAAACACGUUACCGACAACCUGGACGCUUGUUCUACCUGAACGUCUGGUCUUGUAACACUGACACUUGUUCAUUAGCCUUUCUAUAAAUCUAUCACCAUACUCACAUCUUAUCCUUAGUAUACAUAUGUUGGGUAAACACUAGGAUAUACACGGUGCUGUUCUCCUGUGGCUUACACUAUUUAAUCAUUGGUGAAUAUGUGUGUCGUUUUAAGACGAGGUCGAAUUCAAAGCACACGGGUGAAUAUUCAUCUCUGAAUAGGUAAUUUGAUACACAUAGUUUACAGAAUGAAUAAGAUGUAAGCUUUAUUCGUCCAUUUUUGUCGUUGCAAUGAGAGUCGUAAUGAGUUAUCAGUUGAACAAGACGCGAAAUGCGUGCUAUUCCGAAAGGAAUCUUUAGAUUUUAGAUCCAAAUCGGAGGAGACAUCCUUGGAAUUUUGUUGUAGGAAUCCAAAAAUAAAAUCAAUUUCAAAAUUCGAUGAAUAUACAACAUGAACAUGCAUAUACAUUUGUAUUUUGAUAUACAAUAUUACUUAGACAUACCGCUCAUACGCCAGUAGUAUUCAUGUGGAUGUUUUUACAAUACAAUCUAUAUAAUGAUUUGCUUCAGCAGUUGCUUCAUGGAAUAAAUAGACUAAUCACGGAAGGGAAACUGAUAACUAUCAUCAAUGGCUUUGAUGACUUUAAGAAACGGAGGUAACCUAUCUUGUCAUACACAAAUUACUUGUUAUGGUAUGUAUGUUGUAUUGAAACGGUUGUCAGUGUAGAAGUCAACGGUUGUCAGUGUAGAGCUCUAGAUAAACAGUUGUCAGUGUAGUACAGUACUCCAGAUAAACAGUUGUCAGUGUAGUACUCCAGAUAAACAGUUGUCAGUGUAGUACUCCAGAUAAACAGUUGUCAGUGUAGGAACUCCAGAUAAACAGUUGUCAGUGUAGUACUCUAGAUAAACGGUUGUCAGU